AUGUCUCCGGGCUUGCUCCUCCCCCUCCUGCUGCUGCUGCUUGCAAUAGCCCUCCCACUGACGCCCGCCACCACGCAGACAGUGCCGGCGUUGCCAGUAGUCCAGGAGGACGACGUGCGGUGCCUCCGCGGCGUGAAGCGCCACUUCAGGGACCCAAACGCCCGUCUCUCGUCCUGGACCUUCGCCAACACCUCGGCAGGCGCCAUCUGCGAUUUCUCAGGCGUCUCCUGCUGGCACCCGCAGGAGUCGCGCGUCAUCGCGCUCGAGCUCUCCGGCUACGGCCUCCAUGGCGCCCUCCCAUCGCAUCUCAAAUACUGCUGGGCCACCACCACGCUCGACCUCUCCAACAACUCUCUCGAGGGACCGAUCCCGCCCGCGCUCUGCGACUGGCUCCCUUAUCUCGUCACCCUCGACCUCUCCGGCAACCGGCUAUCCGGGCCGAUGCCCUCCGAGCUCGCCAACUGCGUUUACCUCAACUCGCUCAAGCUCAGCGGCAAUGCCCUCUCCGGCAAGAUCCCCGCUUCUCUAUCGCGGCUGAGCCGCCUCAGGACGCUCGACCUCUCUCACAACGGGGAUAAUUGA